UCGAUCUGAAUAUCUAUGCAUUCAUAAUUUGCCCCUGAAGCUGUCACAGUGUAGUGACCUCUUUCAAAUACCCACAGUCCAGGAAAGCCUCUGAAAUUUGUUCCACUUGAAUACUUGGCUACUAGGUUUCGGUCACAUGGUCAUUAAAUGCACUAGGGGCCAGUAUUUGGCUCUGCACAGCCUGAGCGCAUUGCAUCCGAUCUGUGCCGGUCAGAUGUGACCCUCGAGAUACUCAGAGACUAGGGGCAAACUUUCAGAAAGUAAGAGAAAUCUAGCGCAGGGAGUCCAGCCAUGUUCAGGGAUGAUUUUGAUAAGAUAUACCAGCACAUAGGAGGAGCUGUAACCGGGGAAUCCACGGCUGUUGCCCGCAGCGCAACCGCAGAUGCGCGCAUUAGGAAACGUCUACACAAAUCAAGUCUUAACAAGUGAAAUCUGGAAUAAACUGACUGAUACCGUUUCGGAAAAUAUGGUGUAAAGUACUGCACUCCAGUAGCGCGCACUCACAUGAACGCCGCUGGGCUCGCGCGAACCACACACGAGCGCUAUGCGGCUGCGGACAGCGCGCGACAGCAUCAGCUUUGGCGUUUGGGAAUCUAAAUGUUUGAUGUGAAGACACUGGGAGCCAAUGUGUGGAAAUGUAUUUCUGUGAAUGUUCGUCAAAUACGGGAUCUACUAGUUGAGCUUCAUACAGAAGAUGACACUUAAAUAAGGCCCUUCAUUUUCAAGUGCUACAACUAUGCUGCCAAAAGAGCAACACUGUGAUGGCAAGGCUGCCAAAACCUCCUGCAAUGAAGAAAAAGCCAAGGCCAUGAAGAAUGAAAAUAAUGAGGUUGUGUAUGUGGACCCACCAGAUGGCGGUUGGGGUUGGAUGGUGGUUCUGCAUUGUUUUCUGGUGAACGUGUUGGUGAUGGGUACAUUGAAGAGCUUUGGUAUCUUCUUUGUGGCACUGCAGGAUGAGUUUGGAGGCUCGUCCGAGAGCAUCAGCUGGAUUGGAUCCAUAAUGUCCAGCCUCAGGCUCUCCGGAGGUCCGUUGGCCUCGGUGGCCUGUGCCAAGCUGGGGAACAGGGUUACCUCCAUAGUGGGGGCGCUUUUAGUCAGCGCCGGCUUUCUCUCCAGCAUAUUUGCCACCAGCGUGAUCUACCUUUACAUUAGCAUGGGGUUAGUUGUUGGUCUCGGGUUUGCUCUUCUUUAUCAGGCCACCUCUGUUGUAACAGUGACCUAUUUCCGAAAGAGACUGGCAACUGCAUAUUCUAUUGGACGCUCUGGCAUGGGUCUGACCUUUGCCCUCGCUCCUUUCACUCAGCUGCUUUUGGAUCAGUAUGCUUGGCAGGGAGCUCUGUUGAUUUUGGGAGGUUUGAUGCUGAACCUUGUGGCUUCUGGGAUGCUUUUGCGGCCCAUUAACGUUAGACCUCCAGCUUUACACAUGUCAAACUCCACCCUUCAUCAGGCUGGGUCAGAGAAAGAUCCUCUUAAGAACAAUAUGAAUGGCAACACGCCUGUGUCCAAUGGCACUUCCAAAAUGGACAGCUCAUCCACCAAUCACAGGGACACACUUAUAAUAGAGAACCCAGCUCAUGAGCAGAACACUCUUCCACAUCCGGAACUCAAAAAAUCCAUCCAGAAUGGGGUGAACGGAACGGAUGGCAGCCAAGUUAAAACGUCCCCUGAGAUGAAUGGGGUUUCUCCUGUGGAUGCGUUACUUGAGAACAGCAAAACAGAAACUCUUCCUGAAAACCCCCAAAAAGUGCUGGACUUCUCGCUGUUGAAGAACCCUUUCUUUUGCAUCUACACCUGGUCGCUAGUCUUCAGUCAGCUGGCUUAUUUUAUCCCUUACUUCCAUUUGUCUGCAAGGGCCCGGAACCUGGGCAUCGACCCCAUGGAUGCUUCCUUCAUCAUCUCUGUGGCUGGUAUAACAGAGACGAUGUCCCAACUUGCAUCUGGUUGGGUGACAGACAGGAAUCUAGUUAACAAAUAUCACUACCAUAAGACCUACCUGAUCCUGUGUGGUGUGGUCAAUCUUCUCUCCCCUCUGGCCACCUCCUACAUCUUGCUCAUGGUCUACGCUAUCUUCUUUGCCAUCUUUUGUGGGGGGUACAUGGCCCUACUACUUCCUGUCCUGGUGGACUUGGUGGGUUCUGAAAAGCUGAACAACUCGAUGGGGUUCUCAAUGUUCUUUGUGGGGCUUGGCUGUCUCACAGGUCCUCCUCUUGCAGGCUUCCUGUACGACUACACACAGACCUACGACUGCUCCUUCUACCUGGCAGGUGCGUGUUACCUGUUAUCAUCAGUUUCUCUCUUUCUCGAGCCUCUGGCGAGACGCUGGCAAGCCCGAAAGAAACGGCUGGAGACGAUGAGUGAAGAAUUGAUGUGGAAUAACGGCUGUUUCUGCCCGGCGCCUCAGAGGAAUGGUGUUGUAUAAUAAAGGAAAUAAACUCAAAGCCAUUUUACUUUCCACCAUGUCAUGUGGUUCUGAUCGGAAGAGAACCUGACCUGAACAUUUGGCGGGACCACAGUGUGGCAAGCAAAUGAAUGUUCAUUUGAAUAUAGAGACCAAUAAAUGAAUGCUUGAGGACACUACAAUGCAAACUAUUUUGUUAGUGGGUGAAUGAAAAUGGAUUUUGUUGAAUCGGUUUGAUAUAUAAACAAAUAGUAUGUUUCCCUCACCGCAAUCUUCAAUGACAAUCAAAUCAGCACAAGAACAAAAUGAAGUCUUCAUCACCACAUACGCAUUUAUUUUCCAGCACAUUAUGAAUCAGGAUCUUCCUUCACUAGAAAGUUCCUCGAAAGCUUCCACUGACACAUUUUACUCACUUAGGCAAAUAAACUAGAACUAAAAUAAGGGUAUUUUGUCAGAUGGUGAUGGGUCUAUGCAAUAAGCCUAAGACGGCUGCUGCUUCUGUGAGUCCCCAUUUUGAGCCUUUAAUGCCUGUUCAUGUCUAUUGAUGUGUAUCAGUUGCUACGAAGCUGUGUAAAUGACUACACAAUGACUGAAAACAACAUAGAUUUUGUUUUGCCGUCAGUGCCCCAAGUGGAAUACAUUUGGAGGCAGAAUAUUCCAGACAUGGACUUUUCUUCUCACUUGUGCCAAUUCAGUCACACUGUCAUUCACUACUGACAACAACCAAGAGAUUUGCUGGAACAAGUGAAUAUUCUUCUGAUGCUAAUGAGCCAAGUGUUGCAAGAAUUAGGUCAUUGGGUUCAUGUGUACCUGUACGAGAGGCCCAGAUGGUGAGCCUUUAUGUGGAGAGUUUCUCGAAAGUGCAAAUCCUUUAUACUUAUUGAAUUUUUUUAUUUUUAGGUUUUGCUGGGUAAUCUACAGUGCACUAUGUUUUUUCGCCACUAUUUGCCUUUGUACACAAUGACUGUGCUAAAUAUCAUGUAAUGAGAGCCAAAGAUGCAAUAGAAAUAUAAUUGUUCAAUCUAUGCCUUUGAACAUGUCCUUUGUUUAUAGAAAUACAAUCUAGUUGCUGCUCCGCACGUUAGUUCCCUCAUGAAGUUCUGCGUGAGCUGUUGCCCUCUAGAGGCACUAAUGAUGUACUGCUACUGGAAUGUUGUAUCAAUUAACAUGCAAUCCAUGUUCUGGAA